UCACCUUCACACCGAGGGAUCCAACAGAAUGCUGUGAUUGCGAGGUUGGCCCAACAUGGAGCCCAAGCUAAUAGGUCAUAGGGAGCGCUCUUGUCAGACAUCGGGAAGGGCGCGAGGUUAAAGAAGGUCACACAAGUCAACGAUCGAUCCUCUCCAAUAGUUGGCAAAGUAAAUGACGGACCCAGUGGACCGCCCAUCGGAGGAGCACCACCAGUUCCGGGUAUGGGUAGACCGCCUGCGCCGCCUGGACUUGCGCCGCCGGUGCCUGGAGGAGGAAACCGAGCGAGGAGUAACAGCGAUACAGGAGGCGGAGAGAGUGCAAUGGCAUCAGCACCUCAAUUAGCCGGGAUAUUUGCUGGAGGCAUGCCGAAGCUGAGGAAAGCGGGCGGCGUGAAGACAGGCGCAGACCAGAGCAAUACACCAUACCUCUCAGAUCCGGAGACAUCGCGAGGUUCAGCUCCCAAACCACCACGAGGGGCUGCCCCGAAACCUCCCGGGGCUCCUCCUGCGCCUCCAAUCCCAGGAUCACGACCGCCGCUCAAUCCAGUAUUUGGCGGACUAAAGGAUUCGAGACCGUCAUCAGUAGCCUCAAGCAUAGGACUCAAGCCGAAACCACCACCUCCAAUCGGCAAGAAACCGCCUAUGCCACCUCCGGCUUCUCGAAAGCCAUCUGGACUCGCUCCUCCGCCUCCAGUGUCUCCAGCUCGCGCGCCACCUGUUCCUGGAGGUGCUCCACCCGCACCUCCACCUCCACCGCCUUCUUCAACACCAUCAGCACCGCCUCCUCCACCUCCUGGCUCAGCACCCCCACCUCGUUCGUUCCCGACUUCAGUACCGCCAGCACCUCCACUACCACCUUCGUCAGCUCCGCGAGCCCCAUCACGGUCAACACCACCUCCUCCGCCGUCCGCUCCUCCCCCACCGAAUGCGAAAUCAGACGACGAGGACGACUACGAUCCAUACCGCUAUGACGGUCGAGCACCUGCAGCACCUGCUCCUCCGCCACCAAAAGCGCCGACCAACGGUCACGCGCCAUCACUAGCAGAACAAGCAGCUCGCAACGCCUUCGGCCGCGCAUCGCCUGCCGCACCACCACCACCGCCACCCCCAGGGUCCGCACCUACACCAACUCCCUCCCACGCACCAUCCGCCCCUGCUCCUCCACCGCCUCCUAGCCCAGCUCCAAGCCGUUCUGCCUCUCACGCUCCUUUACGUUCUAUGCUCGAUCCGUCCUCAUACACGUUAACGAACGGCGGAUCUGGUAUCAAAAGCCCAACAGGUCCGGGUGUGGUUGCAGGGACAGGACAAAAGGGAAAAAUUGUCCCAAUACAUGACUUGCGGUGGAGGUUUCAGGACGAAGCCCAAUUUCCGCGGCCGAGAGAGUUUAGCGGUGGCAUAAAGAGGUAUAGGGCUGGGAGAGGAACGAGUGUACCGUUGGAUUUUAGUGCUUAUGAAUGAUCGAGCGAAGAGUAGAGGAGGUAGAGAAGAUGUGCAUUGACUUGGAGCACGAGCGUAAAUAUUGCAGGUUAGCUAUGGCGCUUGGGAGGUCCUGGGUGCUUUGGCAAAUAAGAGUUGUGAUACACCCAGCCGAGAAGGUGGUAUGUAUCCUUGUGCAUUGUUCAAUGGACAUAUAUUCCAAAGACACAUAUCAAACAGGAAGCACUGUUCAUAUCAAACUACAUUCCUCAUAACAAAAAUUAACAAUCCACCUAUAUCGUGAGCUCGCUAUGCUUCUGCACCUUAACUAUCUACCUGCAUGCCUCCACUGUGAGGGUCGUCUAUAACACACAAACAAGGUCUUGACUCAGUGUGCGUGGAGUAU